UUCUCGUCGAAGCGGACCGAGAUCGGUGUCCCACACUAAACCAAAGCACCAGGGAAGGAAAGGGUUCCACCUGUGAGCAGGAUGUUAGGCAGCUUCUUCAUCUUCAUGGAGACGUCCCGCUGGUGACAACCGCUGAAACACACCACAGUCGCGACACCACGUGCUUUGUCUCUAGCAACGUAUCGCCGAGGUUCCGUUCGACCUACCAGUCACAGUAGACACGCUCGAUCACACGCCUCACCAGACUCGCGCUGCACUCGUGUACCACCUCGGUGAUGGAAGAGCGACUUCCGCUUCAAGUCGGAAGUGCCGUAAUAUUUGCGCGCCGGCUCAUCUGCGUCUGUAGGCAACUUGUAGUUCUCUGGCGGUCGACCCACACAAGCCAAACAGCUUUAAAGGCGAGACGUCAACUACGAUUUAGCAUAGUUGAACACUUGACAUACGCAUCAUUCACGUGCGCCACUACCGUAAUGUACACAAGCAAAGUCAUAAAAGUGUUCAGCUUUAGGAUCAGGCGCUUUGAUUUACGGCAGUUUUACGUCACUCGGCUCCGAUUUACGACCGUCGGUGCGCACACAGUUUAAAUGGAAACGGUGUUUUCGGUGUAGGAUGCUGCCGUAACUGUGGCUUUUUCCACGCAGAAAAGGGUUCCAGAAUGAUACUUUUACGCGAGUAUGAAGCGGAAAAUGCUGAGGAAGUAACUUUAAACGCGCCAACUUGUUUGUGAGUGUCUUGUCCUCGAUGUGAACCACCGCAGCUGGAGAUGAACAACCAUCUACCGGCAGGUGGAGCAGCCACGAGCAGCGCAGGUCGCUGGGUGGAUCCGUCAUUCAGUGACUUCUCGGGGGAGAGCUUGUGUCCACCGGCAGCCAGGCGAACGGCGGAAGUCAAGAAGCCUCGGAAAAGGAAAGGAGAUAUCAUCAGCUCCGUUAUCCAGCAGGAUGGAUGCACACAGAGUGACCAGGGGGAGUCCUGGGUGGACAGACACCAUCCCUCUACUAAGGCAGAGCUGGCUGUCCACAAGAAGAAGAUUGAAGAGGUGGAGAAUUGGCUAAGUGGCCAUACAAGCAAACCAAAGGGAGGAAUACUGCUACUGACCGGACCGUCGGGCUGUGGGAAAACUGCGUCCAUCAAGGUUCUGUGUCAGGAAAUGGGCCUCAGACUACAAGAGUGGAGCAACGCCACCAGCUUGGAGUCCAACCACAGCAGCCAAGGUGAAGAGUCUCAAUGCGGGUGUCGUCUUUUGAACUUGAACAGGUUUCUCACAGUCAGUGGUUUAUUUGUGCCAGAGUGGAGGGUGGAGGGCUUCAGUGCCUCCCAGCAGAGCCAGUUUAAAGACUUCCUCCUGCGGGCCAACAAGUACAGCUGUCUGAAGAUGCUGGGGGACGUGGGCACCCAGCAAGCCAAGCUCAUUCUAGUGGAGGAUUUCCCAAACGUGUUCUACAAGCAGCCUGGCAGUCUGCAUGAUGUUCUGAGGAGCUUCAGGAAGAGCAGCCGCUGUCCUCUGGUCUUCGUGGUGUCGGACAGCCUGAGUGGCGACAGCAGCUCCCGACUUCUGUUCCCUAAAGAGGUCCUGGAUGAGUUGGACAUCAGCACCAUCAGCUUCAAUCCUGUGGCUCCGACCGCCAUGAUCAAAGUUCUGACUCGGAUCUACACGCUGGAGAGUGGAAGGGGCCCCGGGAAGAUGAACGCUCUGGACCCCACCGUUCUGGAGAGUGUGUGUUCAGGAAGUUCCGGCGACAUCCGCAAUGCCAUCAACAACCUGCAGUUCUGCAGCCUCCCUGACUCCAGAUCAGAGAAGGGGCCGCGGCAGAAGGACAGAGGUUUGAGCUCAGUGAGCCGACCGGGCCGGGGGAAGAAGAGGACCAAGCCGACCAAGGAGAGGCUGGAAGAGCAGGCCAUUGGAGGGAAAGACGCUUGUCUCUUCCUCUUCCGAGCUCUGGGGAAGAUCCUGCACUGUAAACGGGGGAGUCCUGAGGAGGCACCGGGUCAGAGUGUGCCCCCGCCUCACCUGCCUCAGCACCACAGAGGAGCCCUGCUGCUCGACCCCGAGUCUGUCGUGGAGCUCUCGCACAUGUCUGGAGAGUUCUUCAACCUCUACCUGCACCAGAACUACCUGGACUUCUUCUCUGACGUGGAGGAUGUGGAGCGAGCCAGCGAGUACCUGUCUGAGGCCGACCUGCUGAUGGCUGACUGGCUGAACCGCAGCGUCAUGACGGAGUAUGGUUCUUCGGUGGCCACCAGGGGGCUCCUGCACUCCAACACUCAGCAAGUUGCCAUUGGCUUCCGACCGCUGCACAAGCCCCACUGGUUACUGGUGAACAGGAAGCACAAGGAGAACAGCGUGGCGGCUCAGAGUCUCUUCAGGAGCUUCUGCCUGGCGCCGGCGGCCCUGCAGACUCAGCUGGUGCCGUACCUGGCCAAGCUCACCAACCCCAUGAGGAAUCAAGCUCAGAUCGCUUUCAUCCAGGAUGUGGGUCACAUGUCACUCAGGAGGUUCCCGGGCAGGUUAAAACUGGAGGCCUUGACCGACAAAGAGCCGGGUCAGCUGAUGAUGGACAGCGAGGAGGAGGAGGACCACGGGGUGGAUGAGGAGAGUCUGCCUGCCAGUCAGCCUCAGCCCACCAUGAACCAGGCUCUCCUGGAGGAGGACGACCUGAGGAUCGAAGAGUACCUCAGCGACUGAGCCUCCUCUCUGUCUCUGUCUGAGCUCAUGUAGGAGUCUGUUCAGUCACGCUGAACUAUUGAAGCUUGAGGCCAAAGUGCUGAUCCUCGUGGAGAUGGACCCAGUCUCCCAGGUUUCCUGGGGUCAGCUGACGGGGCCGGACCAGUAGCGAGUCACUCUUAUCCGAAGUACAAGUGUUGGAGCUGCCUUUGAACUGCUGCUUCAUAGUACAGGAACCUGGACACCAGCGCCCCCUAGGCCUCACUCACCUGUGUAUUUAUUUUGUUCCAUGUUCACCUCUCUGAUGACUCGUCCUGGAGCGACAAGUGAAAUUGUUUAGAGAGUCUAAUUCUUGCUGUGAAUAAAAACAAUGGUGUGUAUUCUUGAGCUCAUUGCUGCAGCGUUCCUCAGGCCCACACCCUCUCAGACAAUAUUGACACUGCAGUUACCCUCUGGU